AUGAUACGUGGCUAUCAUCCAGUUGUACAGGCCUUACUAGCAUCGCUCUUCACAUGGGGAGUCACAGCGCUUGGAGCCGGCGUCGUUUUUAUCAGCAAAACAAAAUCUACAAAGUUGUUAGAUAGCUCGCUCGGAUUUGCUGCAGGUGCUUUCGCCUUUCUACCGGUUGCUGUCGGGUUUAUCCUCGGAGCUGUCUUUGUCCAUUUUGCUGAUCGAAUGCUUCCAACGUGUCUGGUUGCAGAAGAAGCUAUCAUGGAGACAAUUCACAUGCAUCAAACAGAGACACAAAUGUCUCUCGUGAGUAAGGGAGAUAAAGACGUCGACAGCAACGGGUACGCUCCAGCAGAACGGCCGCUAAGGCGAUCCGCGCGUAAUGGGGAAUUAAGGCAGAGAAGAGCCGUUAUGGUCGAACCAUCAGAAGAUCGAGAGGUUGGAUUUGAUUCACGAGGACGAGCUGGUUCAGCUAUUGUGGCUCCAGCGAACAGUGAACAAUACGACGAUAAUAUCAAGAAUCAAAGUUGGCGGCGGAUUAUGUUGUUGAUUUUGGCGGUGACUGUCCACAAUAUUCCGGAAGGGCUCGCUGUUGGUGUCGGAUUUGGUUCAGUCGGGAAGAGUGAAAAGGCCACAUUUGAGUCGGCUUUCAACCUAGCUUUGGGAAUUGGAUUGCAAAAUUUUCCCGAAGGUUUAGCCGUCUCGCUACCACUUGCAGCUUUUGGUCGUUCAAAGGCUCGUGCUUUCUGGUGGGGUCAAUUGUCGGGAAUGGUGGAACCGUUUGCGGCACUCCUUGGGGCUGGGUUGGUCGUUCUGAUGGAACCGAUUCUUCCCUAUGCAUUGGCAUUUGCUGCUGGAGCCAUGAUCUACGUUGUUGUCGACGAUAUCAUUCCGGAAGCACAGAGAAAUGGCAACGCGAAAUGGGCAUCCGUUUUCUGCAUCUUUGGAUUCGUCGUCAUGAUGUCAUUGGAUGUUGGACUUGGU